UGGCAAUAAUAUUAACUGUUUGCGUCUGCUCGGUGAUUCAUGUGAUCGGUACUCGCACUGAAUUUAAAUAAGUUAUUUUGGCUACAAAAGAUGUCCGGAAAAGUUGUUUUGGUGACAGGAGGCACUGGGCUGGUAGGCAAAGCAAUUGAAGAAGCUAUUAACAACAGCAAGCCAGAUGGUGAAACCUGGAUUUUCGCGUCUUCCAAAGAUGCUGAUCUGACAGAUAUAAAUCAAACAGAUUUACUGUUUCAGAAACAUAAGCCAACACAUGUCAUUCACUUAGCUGCUAUGGUUGGUGGUUUGUUUAGAAAUCUGAAAUAUAAUUUAGACUUUUUGCGUAAGAAUAUUCACAUCAAUGAUAAUGUUCUUCACUGCAGUUUUAAACAUGGUGUCGAGAAAGUUGUGUCUUGUCUGUCCACUUGCAUUUUUCCUGAUAAAACUACAUAUCCUAUUAAUGAAACUAUGAUUCAUAAUGGCCCACCCCAUGAUUCAAAUUAUGGGUAUUCAUAUGCUAAACGUCUAAUUGAUAUCCAGAAUCGGGCCUAUCAUGAUCAACAUGGAUGCAACUAUACAUCGGUAAUACCCACAAAUGUAUUCGGCCCACAUGACAACUUUAAUUUAGAAGAUGGACAUGUUCUUCCUGGGUUAAUUCAUAAAACUUAUGAAGCUAAAAAAAAUGGAACACCUCUUGUAAUAUGGGGCUCUGGUAAGCCUUUGCGUCAGUUCAUUUACUCUUAUGACCUAGCUAAGUUAAUCAUUUGGGUUAUGCGAGAAUAUAAAGAAAUCAGUCCUAUUAUACUCUCAGUUGAUGAAGAACAAGAGGUUAGCAUAAAAGAUGCAGCUCUUACAAUAGCAGAGGCAUUUGAUUUCAAAGGAGAAGUAAUUUUUGAUACCACAAAAUCUGAUGGCCAAUAUAAGAAAACUGCAAGCAAUGAAAAGCUUCGAAAGUACAAACCAGAUUUUGUAUUCACACCUUUUAAAGAAGCUGUAAAGAAUACAGUGGAUUGGUUUAUUAGCAAUUACGAGACAGCAAGAAAAUGACUUCUACACAUUUCUAAAAGAUAUGUUUUGGAAAUUCUGCACUAAUUUCAAUGUGAUCCUAAUAUGUAAAACCCACAAUUCCUGUGCAGUUUAUUCUGUAUUUUUGCAAACUUGAAUUUAUCUUAUUUGGUUUGUAUUGUUAUAUUUUUUGUUGUUCAUGGUGUUUUUUACCUUUUUUCUGUGUUAUAAAAUGUUUGGAUAAACAAACUUAUGAUGAUUGUGAAACAUUAUUUGAAUGGGUUAUUUGGAUCAUGAUAAGAUUAAAAAUAUGGAUAAAUAACCAUGUAUUUGUAAUAAAAAAACUGAAUUUUAAAAUGUCAAAAUUAUCAAGAUGGCACAUUUGUCAGAAUAAAGAAUCUCAAGCCAAUUUUGGAAUCUCAUAAAUAUCGAAACUGCUUACUUUAUAUCCAAAUAAAACUUCUUCACUUUCAAACUGUCAGCAGGCAAAAUGUUUUUGCAGAUAUGUUUGUGCCAUAUUGCAAUCUGACAUCUCAUUUUAAGGUAUUCAAGCCAUUUCUUUGCUUUUUAGAUUCUUAAUAUAAAGUACAUGUAUUAAUUGAUUAUAUGCAUUGCUUUAAAUUGUUAUUGUAUCUAAUGUUGAAAACAUUGUGUUUUUUAGCAUAUGUUAUUGCAUUACUUGUUGAAAUUUUGUAAUUUAAUUUCAGUUUAGCUAGGCUAUACUAGCAAAUCUUGAGAUUUUUAAUUUCUAAAGCUCAUUCAAUUAUUUUAAUAUUUAAUAAGGCAAAUUAUAUACUGCAUGCAUUCGAGAUGUUAUAUCUGAGAACUUUUAAAAAUUUCAUAUAUGCUCUUAAAAAUACAUAUAAGAAUGAUAGAUAUUUUAAAAAUCUAUAGUGUUAUUCAAUAGUUUGUUUAAAAAAAAUUGCAUGUUUAUUCUCUUAACCCCCUUGUUCCAAUUAUUCAGAAUAUCGUAAAGUAUUAUUAUUUUCUUUAAUUUGGAGCAAUUAAUUUUGGAACUGCAUGAUUAAAAAAUCUUUUCAAAUCUAUGUCCUUGAUAUGAAGUUUGUGAUAAUUUAUGGUUGAAAAAAAUUCGUUUUUAUGGCUGUGAUACGAAGGCAUAAUAUUAGUUUUAUAUGUAUUUAAUGAAAUUAAAUAUCAGUAUUCUAUGGUUAAUAUAUUUCAACAGAAUUUUUCUCAAUAAAUUGGAAAAUAAUCGUUUUA